GUAUUCAGUAGUAUAUAAGGGAGACUGUUUCGUACGGGCACGCAUAACCGAGGGAGUCAUUCCAUGACACGCGUUGCACACGACCGGGGCAACCUCUUUCCUCCACUUCUUCGGACUUCAUCGGAGGCGCACCGCGACCGCCGCUCCGCGGACACCUAGUUAGUACGCCGAGCCGGACCUCAGGGGGUAACUCGACCCUCUCGACGUGAUCUUCGAGGACACGGCCUCUUGCAGCCCGAGAAACGAAAGAAAUCCCAUUGAACCAGGCGAAACACCUCAGAAGUGCCAAGGAAAUUGAUCAGUUCAUCGGUGAUUGAACAGAGUGUACAAGACAUUCUCAGUAUUCCUCCUCGAAAAAGGAAAAGGAUCGUUCUAAUGAAUAAAGUAGAAUCGAAUUUCCUUUAGAAUUCGUUGACUGAGAAGGAGGAAUCGGUAUUUUUCACGCAAAUAUGCGAAAACGUUGAUCGGAUCGCAAGAAGCUUUUGUAGAGGAAAUUGUUCGAAGAUGUCCGCUAUGAGUUUCGUUAUGGGUGGAUCAUGGGUUACGCUGACCCUGUCAAUGUGCCUGAUGACGAUCAUCCUGCUGCUGGCGGUGCGACGAGGGAAGUUUCUGUAUGCCCUGCGGAAAAUGCCUUACCCUCCGGCGUUUCCUAUCAUCGGGAAUGCUCAUCAGUUGUGCUGCAGCCCGGCAGUUGCGUUCAGGAGGAUGGUCAAUUGGGGAAAAGAGUUGGGGAACAUGUACAUUAUUUGGGUAGGCAUGCGUCCCUUCAUCACAAUUUCCAGCAUAGAAUCGAUCCAACCAAUAUUGACCAGCAGCGUUCACAUUAACAAAAGUCUGGAAUACGAGUAUCUACAACCUUGGCUUGGCACUGGCCUGCUGACUAGCGCCGGUGAGAAAUGGCACUCUCGAAGAAAAUUAUUGACAACUACGUUCCACAGUGGCCUCUUAGAAACGUACUACAAAACAGUGGUCCAAGAAGCUAGAAUAUUGAUAUCCUGUAUAAAACAAGAAAUUGGCAAACCUUUUGAUAUUAUACCAUACGCAAAACGAGCAACUUUAGAUAUAAUAUGUGAGAGCUCCAUGGGAUGCCGUGUCAACGCGCAAAGAGAUUUGAACAACGAAUACGUGGAAGCUGUGAAUAUACUGGCAGAAAUUUCGCAAAGAAGAUUUUUAAAUGUGUGGUUGGCUUUAGAGGCGAUCUUCAAAUUGACAGUUUGGGGGAAACAGCAGCAGCAUGCGUUGCAUAUUAUUCAUAAAUUUGUUAAUAAAAUAAUUGUAGAAAGAAAAGCCCAAAGGAAAAUGCAGCAAGGAAACGUCGACGAAAAGUCUACUAAAUAUCAGGCUUUAUUAGAUCUGCUGUUAGACGUGUCGGAAGAUGGCAAAGUGCUCACUGAUAACGACAUUCAGGAUGAGGUGAAUACGUUCAUGUUUGCUGGCCACGAUACAACAGCGACCAGCGUAUCUUGGGUCCUUUAUGCAUUGGGGCGUUAUCCGGAGUAUCAGGAUAAGAUUCUUGAUGAGUAUUAUAACGUAGUCGGAACAAAAGAACCAUCACUUGACGCAAUAAACAGAUUAAUAUGGUUGGGAGCGUGUGUCAAAGAAACUAUGAGGUUAUACCCAGCGGUGCCACUUAUAGCGAGGCAAAUCUGCAGCCCUAUAUCUCUGUGUGGAAACGAUAUCCCAGUAGGCUCCACUAUGCUCAUCAACUUGUUUCUUCUCCAUCGCGAUCCACAAUCUUUUUCGGAGCCUAACGCAUACCAGCCGGAACGAUUUCUUCCCGACGGGCCAAAAUAUCCUCCCUUCGCUUUCAUCCCCUUCAGCGCAGGCUCACGGAAUUGCAUAGGAUGGAAAUAUGCUACGAUGAUGGUAAAAACUAUCGUUUUAUUAGUAUUAAGGGAGUUCCAUGUGGAGGCAUUGGACUCCGAAGAUCAGCUUCACUUUACAAGCGAAUUGGUGCUACAAACCACUAACGGACUGCGGCUGAAAAUUACUCCGAGAAUACAGAAAACUGUUGCUUAGAAUGUUUAACGUGUCUCACUCGAACCACGUCUUUCAUGUGCACCCAUAGAAACGCACAGAUACGGCAUUCGUCGAGACUUUUGAUUUUCUGAAUGCAGAGGUCAAAGUGCGUGCACAUUACCGCGAUUUUGUUUCAUUCAAUCUGCGUUUGAUAUCUUUGGCGUAACUGGAUGAGGAAGUCCUAGUUGAAUAAUAACGAACAAAACCGUUAUCAUUACGAUUACCAAGUACAGUUUAACACUAGAACUACACUAGAACAUAUUUGUGGCGACCGUAAUUCUAUAUUUUACAUAAUGAAAAUGAAAUUAACCCUUUGCACUCGAGAGGUGACUCUCACUCACCGCUUGAUUUCAUACGGUAAAACUAUAAAAUUUGAUAUUUAAUAUUAUACCACGUAUAAUGCAUCAAUUUGGGAAAUAUUGAUAUAAAAUAGCUUUGUUCCUCGAUGUACGUGUGAUUUUUCUUCGAGUUAAUUUCACAAAAUGUCGUCUUUAUUUCAUCAUCAACUGUUAAAGUAUUUAUAGUGAAAAACUGUCGAGUGCAAAGGAUUAAUUCUAUAGAUCUUGUUAUUAGAAAUUAUAAACUACGACAUUAUAUUUAGGAAUUCAAUGACUCGUUUCAGUUUCAUUUUUCUAAUAUCGUUGUUUAGAAGGUUUAUUGGA